CGUUGUGCAUGGAUCCAGCUGAAUCAACGCUAAAUAGCAACCUCGACAGUCAGUAUCGUUUGUGGUAGGCUCGGAAUCAGACCGCUUGCUCCUGCGGGGCAUAUCUGGUAAGGAGUCUUCGCGAAAACGGUAAAGCUAACUACCAGCUGUACCAGUGUUUGAAUUUACACGUGGUUUCGCAUUCCCGCAAAACGCGAACUUGGAUUGGUAAUUUGAAUGCGACUGAUUGAUCCAGACGUGAAUGAAAUGUUUCAUCGUUUCCAUCAGUGUAAUGUAGCUUGCAACACGCGAGUGAAGUUAAACGGCAAUGGCCAGUGAUGGAGGCAUAUUGCUUCUAAUUGAAAAGAUCAACAAAUUGAAUCAGGCAAACGUCGGAACGAGAAAAAAUCAAAGCAUAAGUGAUACGUGAGAAUAGCUGUCAGUUGGUUUGAUAGAUGGAAAUCCGUGGGGUUAAAACAUCUGAAGCGCUGUGUUGAUGGGAAUGAAUGAUUUUUCUCGCUUUGCUGGAAAAAUAAGCAGUUUUUUAUUGUAGUGUUUACUUUGCGCGAUCAGUGAUGCCAUUGUUUAUACUGGGAGCUGUGAAAAGCAGUGUGCCUCAACCAGAAAUUCUAUGACAGACCCUUCGUGUUAAAUCAAAGUGCUGGGAUAGCUGCGGUGUGCUUUGCAGUAUAAAAAAAAAUAUUUGGAAAUAUGGUUUAUAUUUUAGAAGUUGAUGCUUUUCGCAAGCAAGAAUGAAAAAUAGAAUAAAAUAGGAUUUGCUUCGUGCUGUUAUAGUAUUUUUGAAAUAGUGCAUCUAAAAGGUGCCCAUAGCUACAUCUGUCGGUGCUCGAAUCCUAACUCUAAAGUAAACAAACCGUUGUUUCGAACGCCGUUCCAAACAUCGAUUAACAGUGAUAUAUUUUGGCAGCUUGACUCAGGCAAGUUAAAACCAAAUCCAUCAUGUUCGACCUAGGAGGCGACAAACGAUUCGGUACGGCCCCUCCUAUGCUUACUGUCACUAGCAGCAGCAACGGAAGCAUUGAACGAAUUUACGGCAGUGUGACAUUCCUGGAAUUACCGGAUGUUCACCAGAUCAAAGGUGUUGAAGGCGAGUUCACCUUGCUACAAACAUUGUUCACCAACUACACACACGAACUGGCGAACGUGUCAUCGACUACGGAAGUCCCCUACACCCCGUAUGAACGAAGACCGGAAACCUACAUUGUACCCAUUCUAUUUGCACUUAUCUUCGUCGUCGGGGUGUUGGGCAAUGGAACGCUUAUCAUCGUUUUUCUGAGACACCGUGCUAUGCGGAACGUACCAAAUACCUAUAUAUUGUCGUUAGCGUUGGCCGAUCUGCUGCUCAUCGUAACUACGGUUCCGUUUACGUCAAUUCUCUAUACACUGGAUUCAUGGCCCUGGGGUAGCCUACUCUGCACUUCAUCCGAGUUCAUCAAAGACGUCUCGAUCGGGGUGUCAGUAUUCACACUCACUGCACUGUCCGGAGACCGCUUUUUCGCCAUCGUUGAUCCUCUGCGGAAAUUUCACGCCCAUGAUAUGUUUCUAGGUGGCGGACGAAAGGCGACGCGGAUGACCAUCACCAUUGCAGUGCUGAUAUGGGUACUGGCAAUUGUGUUUGCCCUGCCAGCCAUAGUCGGGACGCACAUCCGGACCGAGAAAGUGAACAAGGAUGUCAGCAUCGACUUUUGCUACCCAUUUCCGGGCGAAUGGGGUCCGGAGUAUGCCCGUGGCAUAGUGCUGUGCAAAUUCCUGGCCUACUAUGCGGUGCCGCUGUGCAUUAUAGCGUUGUUCUACGUUCUGAUAGCGCGACAUUUGAUCCACAGUGCGAAGCAUGUCCCCGGCGAGACGCAGGGAACCGUACGACAGGUCAAAGCGAGACGGAAAGUUGCCGUUACUGUGCUUGCGUUCGUCGUAAUAUUCGGCAUCUGCUUCCUGCCGUCGCAUCUCUUCAUGCUGUGGUUCUAUUACAAUCCCAAUUCACAGGAGGAGUAUAAUCACUUUUGGCACGUGUUGCGUAUAGUAGGAUUCUGCCUGUCAUUCGCCAACAGCUGUGCCAAUCCGGUUGCUCUAUACUGCGUGAGCGGUGCUUUCCGAAAGCAUUUCAAUAGAUACCUGCUGUGCGACGGCUCUCCAAGUGGUCGCAGACGUCGUGGUGAUAAUCUUGGACACCGGGACACAUCACUCACGAGCACCAUGUCCAGACGGUACCCCAGCAAACGAUUCGGAACGCAAUCGAUGCGAAUAAACAUCCAAGAAACGACCAUAAUAGUGUUGCCGAAUGGAAACAACAACAACAACGGCAACCAUCUGAACGUUAACUUGCCAGAUCAGGAUGGGAUCGGGUCAACGUAAUACAAUACCAUCUUCACUAACAUAAUCAUGAGAAAAAUGCUGAGCGGAGACCAAAGGACCGUUUAAGCAUUCCUUGUUUCCUCUGCGCUUUUAUCGUUUGCAUACGAAGUACCCUAAUCGGACAUUUAUAGCACAUAUUACAGUCUUCACAGAAAAAAAACUCCAUCAAUCUAGAAAAAAAUAACUACUGUCACUUGCAUAAAACUUAUGUUGGAACAAGUUAACUUUGAACCCGGUUAGCGGUCGGAAAGCAAUUCAAAUCAGAUUUUAUGAUUGUAUGGGAACCAAGCGAUUGCAGUCAGUGAAGAUGGAACGACACAACAUUCUACCACACAUUGCUGUUGUACUAGCGGUGUCUUUGUCCGAAACUUUUGUGUAGCCAUUACUUAUACCGUCACACAAAUCCACAAGCUAAUUGUUCAGCUCGGAAAAGCGUUUUGCUAUCUCGAGCACCGCUUUUCUGGCGGAGAACAAACGCCAUCACCGUAGAGAGCCCAUGCACCGUAAAAAAAGCACACAGCGACAGAUAAGAGAAAAUAAUUGGGUCUAAUUACGCUUUGGUGCACUACAAGUACAAGUGGACAUCCUUUGAAUUGUUGAAUUCAGCAUUUAGAAUAAAUGCAAAGAAAAACGCAGUCACGCUUCAUGUAGGGCUAUGGAUAGGGAUACCAUCCGUCCUGAUUUAGCAGGACAUGCCCUGAUUUUGAAGUCCUAUUUGGGCAUCCUGAUUUAUUUUUUAUAUUUUAGCAUUUGUCCUGAUUUUCUUCAGAUAUUUGACUUUGCUGUGUGGCAAUAAGCAGAAUUUUUCAGUAUUGCUUAGUAAUGUCGAAUUCGUUUUUACGGCAGGACUAUCCCGUCCCGGACUACGCUUUGCAGCUGAAAAAGAAACACUUUCCGAGCAGUUGCAAUGGUGUGCGUAAUACCAGAGGUAACUGUCUCUUUUGUUUUUGGUCAUUAUCGCCAUUGUCUUUUAUCGCAUUUGUGCUACUGUACGAAAAAUUUGCCAAUUUACUGAAAAAUGACAAAAUAAAAUAAAUGAAAUUCAACCUGAUGUUUGACACGCGAAAAACGAUAAUCAAAGCAAACCGAUUUUGACACUUUUUUUUUGAUUUUGACACAUACGUGUAAAUGUGUUGGAGUCUUCAAAACUGCACUCUGUUUCUUGCGCGGACUGUCCGGGACAGAAAAAGGAUAGUCCGGAAAAUGUAAAAAAAAACAGUGAUAGGACAAAGUGUAGUCCGCGGGGUAGCUACACCGCAAAAACGAAAACGACAUAACUAGAGAAACAUUUCAAAAGGUCAUAUCUGCUUUUACCGACUUUUUUAUCGAUCACUUUCAUUCAAUUACCACAACUUAAUAAACACCUUUUCCGGCACGUUAUUUGCACAAGUUGAUAGCGGAGGGAUCACUCUAGCCUUCUGAACGUAAACCACGCUUGGAAGAGUUACUAAAGCUGAGCCAUUACCAAAAUGAAGUUACGCUUCGGAAAAACGAUGACAGCAGAUAGGACCUUUUGAAAUGUUUGUCGAGAUAAGUGUUUUCGAUUUCAGGUCGCAACGCUCACUGCGAUCGAAAUUUUUCAUUGGUUGAAUCUCACUAUAGUAAUAAAAAGAAUCUCUCACGCGUUGACCGUUACCAUUAAGCAUGUGGCAUUUGUUAAGUUUAAGUUGAAACAGUUUACGUGUGUUGAAUUUUCAAAGUAUCUACAUUAGUAAUAAUUCAAAGUGGUUCGAUGAAAGUGGAUCGUCAGAGAUACACACAGAUUUUUUACUAGGUAUUUUUCUACACGGAUUUUCGAAUUAACGGAUUUUUCACAAGGAUUUUUAAAUCGAAGGAUUUUCAAAUUACGCCUUUUUAUACGCAGAUUUCUUUAUUAACGCGUUUUUCCACGAGGUACGUAUCCCUGCGUAAAAAACUAAGUAAAUCAAAUAUUACGUGUUAUAUUUGCUCAUACUUCGAAGAAUAGAAGAAUAGUGCCCAGAAAAGGUGUCCUGAUUUCUAACUUCGACCAGAUGGUAUCCCUAGCUAUGGACUGCCAACAAGCGAAAAUCAGCAGAGUGGAAACCCAGUCAAAAUAGUUUUCCCGCCUUUUAAAAACCAGCUAAAAAGCGUUAGCAUAGUUGCUGUUUUGGGGAGGAAAGAAUCCAUGAAAUAUUUCUCAUACAUUUUCCAGAAAAGACAAACACACUAUGGCUCCGAUAUCUAUUUUUAUUGUCUCCGUCUAUUAAACACGGAAGGUUUAAAGAAAAAAAAACUUAUUUAAAAUAUGCCAGUCAAAUCCGGUUAAGCUGCAUAUACUGUUGCAGAGCUUGUGUUAGUACAGAGAAAUGUUGAGGGUUGAAAAGCUAUACACCAUCGCUACGACAUUCCGCUAUUUUUCAUCCUUUUCAUAUUUCCACAUGAGGUGGAAGUCACAACAUGGUGUCCCUCUGAUCGUCUUUUCAGUUUUGGCGAAAAAGUCACACUGAAACUUUCCGCCGAGGGGAAGCUCCCCAAACCGUAAAUCUAUGUUGAAGAGAUUUCGCUUCAUGCGUCGGUGCACAAUCUUACGGAAAGGUUCAAGGUUUGUUUUGAAACAAGAUAUGGCUGGGGGGGAUACAGUCACUCGCACAACUAAGAAUGUACGACCCCCUCUGGGAGAAAAAAGUAUUCCACAACGAUGUUGAAAAUUUAUACCGAAUAUGUGUACAUGUAUAACCCUAACUCCCCAUUGGUUUUACACUUAAAUUUGACAUCACUUGUGAGCCACAAAAAUUGUAAACCAUUUUCGCUCUUUCUUUCUCUUCUUUUUGUAUCCUCAGUAUUUUGAAGAACCAGCCACUGCUGGUACAGCAUUCCACACAAUCUUCCAAUGACUCUAAAACUUUUCAAACUCCAAAAUAUAUUUGAACCAAAUGCAGGAGACAGCUAUCCUAAAUUUUUCCGGAUGAAACAAGUUCUAUUCAAGAAGCUUGUUUAUUUUGGGGAAUUCUGUACUAAGGUAAUUAUAACAAAAAAAAUCCAAAUUCCUCCAAGAAACAGCAAUUUAAUAGCUUCAUAAGAAAUCCUACUCCAGCACGAUGCUAUAUGUUACCUGUAGCUUACUUCCAAACAGAUGUUGAACUGAAACCACACGUCUAGAAUCUAUAUGAAUUGACAUCCAAACGAAUAAAAAAUGUAAUAGAUAUAUUUAAGAAGUAAGCCAUAAGAACGCUAGUCUACCAUUGCAUUACUAUGUUGAAUGAGAUAAAAAUUUGAUAAUAAAAUUAUGUUGAUGGAAACACGGUAUGGA